AUGGCGGUUCUCAACUUCAAGGACUACCAGGUGGCUUGGAUUGCACCCCUACGGAUCGAGGUUCGGGCUGCGCUGAAGAUGCUUGACAACGUCCACGAUGGAAACUUCGAGUCAGAUGCUGGUGACGAUUAUCAGUAUAUCGGUGGUGAUAUCAACGGACACAACAUUAUCAUAGCGACUUUCCCACUAGAGACUGCAUAUGGAGGAAACUCCGCAGCCGCCCUUGCCAGUCAGGUCAAAAAGUGCAUGGGCAACAGUCUUUGGUUUGGCCUUCUGGUUGGAAUCGCUGCCGGGCUACCAAAUCCGCAGAAAGAUAUACGCCUCGGCGACGUUCUUAUAUGUACCAAGGUUAUUCAACACGACAUGGGAAAACAAACUACCGAAGGAUUUGUAAACACUAGCAAACAGGCCGACUCUCUUCAAUUCCUCCGCUCUGUAUUUACUAAAAUCGAUGAUCUUACAGAAAUCAAAGGGCAUCCCUUUCUACAACAUCUUUCGAGAGUCCAAGACGUGGCAGACGACCAAGGAAAAUUCCUUUUUCGAGAUCCCGGAGAAGAGAACGACGUUCAGUACAAGGAAGUAGGCAGAAGAGAAGUAAGAGAGCAACGCCAGCCUCGGAACGAACAUCGAACUCGAACGUGGUAUGGCGCGAUAGGGUCCGGCAAUACAUUGGUGAAGUCCUCAAAAGAAAGAGACGAAUUACGGGAUCUCUACGAGAUUGUCGGACUCGAGAUGGAAGCACAUGGAACGAUGAACACGAUUCCUGUUGGUCACAUCCGAGGGGUUUGCGACUAUGCCGACAAGCGCAAGAAUGAUGACUGGCAUGGGUUUGCGGCUGCCGUUGCGGCGGCAUAUGCGAGGGAGGUUCUCUGCGAAAUCAAUCCAAGAAGGGUUGUGAAUGGUAAGCCAAUUCGUUUCUAGCUAUCAACUCCAGUUAACCCCUUCCUCAGUUUAACUGAGAUCAAUGCAUUGGUUGCUAUUACCCCUUUGGUCUCAUUUAUUAUCCUAUGCAAGGACAGUUGUACUCAUUCAUUAAGAAGGUCCUAGGAGCAGUCCAUUUAGGGUAAUAGUUACAACUGUAUAAAGAUGUAAUUGUUCUAGGAUGUUUUGUAAAACUCUAGGUCAAAUGCGUUACUAGCUAAAUCCCUCUGCAGUUUCAAGUUUGAACUGUAAUAAGUCCCGUGUAGUUUGAAUUACGGUUUCCUAUUUGAAGUUCCUUGCUUAUAGGGUAUAGAUGGGGAGAAUUUUCUGUUGCAAGCAAUAUCUAUUUUUUAAACAAGUCUUUUUGUUUAUGUAAGGACUUUAAAAAGUAACAACACCCUACUAAUCCCCUCUUAGCAGAUGUUCAGUGGCUCGUUCCAUUUGGACGUAACAAGAACUUUGUUGGUCGUGAAUCUCAACUCGAAGAACUUGUAGCCAAAUCCAACCCAAAUGGUAACAAGGAGAACUGCCAAAGAGUGGCUGUAACAGGACUCGGUGGAAUAGGCAAGACACAACUUGCUCUUGAGACUGCUUUUCGAAUCAAGGAAUUGUCUCAUUGCUCAGUAUUCUGGGUGCCCGCUAUCGACAUAGCUAGUUCUGAACAGGCCUAUCGUGAGAUUGGAGUAAAACUUGGGGUUCAUGGAAUCGACGACGAUAAGGCCGAUAUCAAGCUACUAGUCCAGAGGGCGUUGAGCAAGAAGACUAGUAGCUGGCUAAUGAUUAUCGACAACGCAGAUGACAUGAACAUACUCUAUGCAGAGACAUCCCGACUAGUGGAUUACCCUCCGUUUAACCAGAAUGGUUCGAUCCUUCUUACGACUCGGAACUUUGAAAUUGCGACCGAAUUUUCGGAAACAGAUGUUAUUACUGUUGAAGAAAUGUUUGCUGAUGAGGCUCAAGAUCUUUUAGAGAAGAGUCUAGGUACUAAGGUUCAGGCAGACGAAAGAGAUGAUAUGCGAAGGCUCCUCCAGCUUCUUACCAAUCUUCCUCUUGCAAUUAAACAAGCAGCAGCAUUUAUGAGAGGAAAGAAGAAGUCUAUCUCCACAUACCUAAGGGUCUAUUCGUCCAGCGACACAGAACUUAUCCGAAAUCUGACUCUGAAUUUCGAAGAUCAGGGUAGAUAUAGAGGAUACAAGAAUAUACGGAAUCCUAUCGCAGCAACUUGGUUAAUUACCUUCGAAGCAAUUACGCAGUCUGAUCUUGCUCACCAAUAUUUAUGCUUUAUGUUUUGUGUCGCUGCAAAGGAUAUUCCCCGCUCACUCUUGCCGCUAGCCUCAGAUCGAGAACAAGAGGACGCGACUGCUGUUUUAGAACAAUAUGCGUUCAUCACCCCACGAAAUGCGGGCGCAUCUUAUGAUAUGCAUCGGCUGGUUCACUUAGCCGGGCAAAAUUGGCUAAAGUCACAGGAAACUUGGACUUUGUGGAGUACAAAGUCGCUUAGCCAAGUUGCUAAAGUUUUCCCAUUUUGCGACCAUAAAGAGCGACAUCUAUGUUUACAGUAUCUUCCUCAUGCUCAAUAUAUACUCGAGAAAGAAAUCUCAAAAGAGUUUGA